CGUCGGCGCUCUUCAGUCGAGAUUCGGCCGUUCGAUAGUGCGCACGUUUUCCCUGAAACGAGACUAAAAAGCCAGGCGGAAAAUCGGUUUGACUCUUUUUCCUCCCUUGUGCAGUGAGGAGGAGCAGGAAAAUUCAAAAGGGAAAAAGAAGAAAAGCCAAAGGAAAAGUCCCAUCCGUGCGUGAGUGCGUGUGUGUUCGGGGAUGAUUCUAGGUUCUUUUUUCGGGGUGGUUGGCCACCGUGGCCGCGUUCUAGUGAUCUAGUGCUGGGGUGCUACUUCCGGCGCUUUUGGAAUAGACAGAAAGAAAAACGGAUUGGCGUGUGUCGUCCUGGCUGGGUGCGGAUGUCCUCGUCCCUCGCUCUACCCUUUGGGUCAGUCAGUGAAAUCCUCGAGAAUGGAGCAAGGGAGUGAAAAAAGUUUGUGCGAACGUGGUUUUGGCUGUGAAUAGUUCUUUUUUUUUUAUUCACCAAGUGGGUGGAGGUAACCCGUAGAAAAGGGUCAAACAAAGCCACAGGAAAAACGGAAUUGGUCUGCAGGAAAAUUGCUGAAACGAAGAACAAGUAGGUGUGGUGUGUCCUGGGAAUGAAACGGAAAGGAGCCUGGCAUUCCUGGUAGGAGCCAUUCCAGGGAACUAAGGAGUGCCUCCGGCAAACUAGCUCUAGCUGUGUUCCUGUCCUCAACCAUUGUGGAGUACAGUGUGUGUAACGCAGAAAAUGUGAUCCUGCGGAUAUCAUCGAGGACCUGCGAAAAAAGGUGAAUUGAAAUUCCGAUUUUCUCGAGUGAAGGGGUUCGACGUAUGGUGACAGUUCAUCCAAAGUAACCACACUCCGCGAAGGAUCGUCGUCCGGAGCAGGAGGGAGGCAAUCCAGACGAGACGACACUAUAGGACGAACGGAACUAUACACGAGGGAAACCCCUCCAUCAUCACCAGGGAGGCUACAGCAACAAGCCACGUGGCCUGUGCUAUUAAAUGGUGAUAAACAUGACGUGAAAAGCCGUACCCAGUAAAAGCUGACCGCGUGUGGAAAAUGAACGGCAGCGGAGAGAAAGAAUAAGUUGAGGUUCGUGGAAGAACGACGCUGCAAGAAACAGAGAGUGAGAACAAGGUGUACAUAUUUUUAAUUACUUUUUUAAUUGAAAUUGAAUGUAUGGAGCUUCGAUGGCAGUGAUGGAUUGAGAAAGCACUCACCUGAAAGGUUGUUAAAAGGUUAUCGAUGAAAAUAGAAGAAAAUACUCAUGGUUGACACCGAAUUAGAGAAAAAAAAACUCUAAAUCUACCCUGCAAAGUUGGAUUAUUGAAGGAUUUCCAGUCAGAAGAUAAGUUGAUAGUGUGUGAAGAAAAAGUGGAAAAAAUAAUACAGUAAACCCAUGUUUGAAAGGUGUACAUAAUUUCAUCCUCAUCACUAGCAGUAAAUUGAUUGGAAAAGGUGUGUACGGAGAAUUUUCGUGGCUCACUUUAUAACUCGACGUAAUAACAAAUAUUUCACACUGACACACAUAUACACACCAUAAAAUACAAGCGUACGUGGUUUGACCCGGCCACGGACAGGAAAAAACUGUCUGUGUGUGUGUGUGUGUGAUAGAGAGAGAGAGUAAGUGAGAAAACUCCCCAAACCGCAGUGAAAACUGUGGAUUCUGGCUGUGAACAAUUUCCUGGCCCACGAGGAGGAAAGUGGCUGAGAAAUAGAGAGGGCGAGAGAGCGUGCGGAACAGGAAGUGUCGUGGGAGCGACGAGAGACGGACCAAGUUCCCCCCGCAGAACGCACACAAACGAUGGGGUGCGUCUCGUUGUGAACGCACAAAGACACAAAUGCUUGUGGUGUAAUAAAAAAAAUCGUCGUACAAUGGUCAAGCCAAGUUUGGCCAGCUAGCCUUCAUGAAUCCGUCUCAAAAAGUGUGCUUUUUUGAAUAAAAUAGUGGUUAGUAUUGUUGGUGUGGUGAAGAGAAGAUACCUUCAGCGCAAAACGCAAAAAUCAAGCAAGUGCGCGCGCGCAGUUAAGUGUGUUCGCGACUACAAGAAGAGUUAAACAAAUUGCAAAAAUCUGUAGGCCAUGUCCACAACGAAACCAUCGCUGAAAAGUUUGUCGUCAUACAGCACAGUCAGCUCAGCGUCGUCAUCGCCAGUGUCAUCACCUUCAGUGUCAUCGAUCUCGCUGUCGGUGUCAUUGUCACUCCUGUUUGUGCAAAGUGGUGACCUGUUGUGGUUCAGGAGUGGCCGGGCCGCGCCCAACCGACUACCACCGCUAGAGUUAGGCCCAAUUUCCGUUUGUCUCAAGUUCGUUAGCGUUUACGUGUUACUCGUACUAGUAUCCAGUUACUGUCUCGUAAGCAUAGCGACUAAGGAUGGCAAUAGGCAAACUAGUUUUAUGAGUUGAAUAGAGAAGAUGUCUGGAUUCAUGUAGCGGGCAUGCCAGCUGUCCUUCCGACUAGUAGUGUGAAGGAACAGUUUUAUUUCUUUUAACAAAAAAAAAAACGAACGGAAAUAUAACGCAUAAUUUUG